AUGGCAGCAAUCUAUUCAAUAGCUUCCAAUAGAACUGGUGAUGUUUUCCAGCCAUUGAUCGAUCAAAAUAAACCUAAAACUAAUUUUGAAGUUAGUGAAAUUAAAUAUGGUCAAAAUGGAAAAUGCACAACAAUAGUAUGGCAGUGUAAAAAGAAUAAAACAUUUUAUGUCCUAACCAAUAUUAAAAGAAAAAGAAAAUGA